UGUAGCAUUGGUCCCUUUUUUUGAUUUCCAUUUACAUUUACCAUUGCAAUAAAAUAAUUUGAAAUGACCGCUGCUUAAUGUGGAUUUCUAAAUAAAAAUUGUGUUUGCUAAAUGAAUAUGGUGUUUUAAAUUCAUUGUUGGUUUAAAAUCUUACGGUAAUUUUACUUUGAUCAGUAUUUAGUUUAAAGUUGUCAAUCGUGGUGGAUCGUGGAUUGUUGGGAUUUUCAUUUCGUGGUGAAUGAAAAUGGCGAUGGUGCUCAGUGGCUGGUGACCACUUCUAGUUUCAUGUUUAUAAAGAUAAACUUUGUGAAAUGUUACAGACUCUACUAAAGUGAGUUGAGAAAAUGUCUUCGGUACAAUUUGUUGUACAUCCAAUUCCAGGAACAGAAGACCAGCUCAACGAUAGGUUGAAGGAGGUAGCCGACCGGUUGAACCGGUAUGGCGGGACGGUUCCGCCGGCCGCUCUGGCCGGAAUCAAGCAGCCGAUCAGGUCGGUGGUGGUCGGGCCCAACCACAUCGCACUCCUGCUAGAAGACGGCCGCAUCUGUCGGGUCGCAUUCUCCAUCAUAUCCGACCGGCUCGAUCUCACCAAGAAUGACCCCACUAAGAGCUCGAAGUCAUCGGGAGGCGGCGGCGGCGGUGGUGGAGGCGGAGGCGGCGGCGGGGGCGGCGGCUCGGGAGGCGGCAGUUCGAGUUCGUCGCGGCAGUUGUCACGGCGCGCGCGCAUCAUGCGCACCAGCACACCUCCGUUCCGCGGCGGAGGCGGCAGCGGUCGCGCUUCGGGCGCCGGGGGCGGUGGAGUGAUCAUGGGAGGCGGCAGCGGUGGCGGAGGCAGUGGCGGAGGCGGUGGCAGGCCGAUGGUGCCUGUGCCCUAUGUGCCCGAGGAGCUGGUCUCCCAGGCCCAGGUUGUGCUGCAGGGCAAGAGUCGCAAUCUCAUUAUAAGGGAGUUGCAGCGCACGAACUUGGACGUGAACCUGGCGGUGAACAAUCUGCUGUCACGUGACGACGACGACGGGGAUGAGAAUGAGGACGGCGGUGACUCGUACGUGCCCGAGGACCUCAUCUCGCUGCUCGACGGAGGCUUCCACGCCGACCACUCGGUCAUCAUCGACGCAGACGCCAUCUUCUCCGAGGACAUGUUCGGAUAUUCGGCCAUGCGCAUUCGAGGCAACUCAGGAUCGACGAGCUCGCGACGAUUGACGAGCAACUCGGAGAGAGACAGAGAGAGGGGAGAGAACAAUGCGGAGAGAGGCGACCGGGGAGAGAGAGGGGGCGACCGUAACAGUGACCGUGACAGCUUCUCGCGGUGGAGAGAUCGCCAGUACUUUGGGCCGCGUCGUUGGUUGGAGACCGCACUCAGGGACUCUGGACUCGACAAGGAUCCUGAAAGCAAGAAGAAAGACUACGCGCAACAGAGCCCGCUAUGGAUGUCGGAGGACGCGGAAUACUGGCCUGAGAAGGGACUGGAGCCCGGGGCGAAGUUUGUCAGCAUUGCCGCUUUGCACAGUGAGCUCAUAGCACUCUCAUCCAAUGGACAGCUCUAUCAGUGGAAAUGGACUGAGAUGGAGCCCUAUCGCAAUAUCGAGAAUUCAAUCCACCACCCGAAAACGAUCUCGCUGGGUUUGGUGAACGAGCGCGUGGUGUUGAUGUCAGCGACCGGCAUCCGGUGCUCGGUGGCGACCGAGUCGGGUCGUGUGGCGACCUGGAUGGACGAGCUGGUCUCGCAUGCGGCUGCGGCCGCCAAACUGGAGCAUGCGGCCACCGCAUACACUGAGUUCACGCUGGACCGCCUUGUCAGUCUGCACACAUGCACACUGUACACUGUUGCGCGGUUAGAGAGCGGCGCGUUGUAUUGGUGGGGAGUUCUGCCGCUGAGCCAGCGUAAGAAGUUGUGGGAGAAGUAUCGUGCCAAGUCGAGGAAGCAGCGACCAUCGACCAGCUCGGCAGAAAUCACUGUGGGCAGCCAGGUCUGCAUGAAGAACAGCCCCAUGUAUCAGCCCGGAGCCAUAGGUUUCUGUAUAUCGGGAGGCAUUCCGAAGGUGGGCCAACUACAGAACGCGGCGUGGAAUCUGAGUGACGUGUGCCGCUUCAAGGUGCUGCCAGCCACGCCGCCCCCAGCUCCAGCUGCCUCCUCCUCAGCCUCCGCCUCCUCAUCUUCCGCCUCCUCGGGUGGCAGCGGCGGGGGCGGCAAGCAGGACGCGGGCGGCGGUGGCAGUGCGGGUGGCAGCGGCGGGGGCGGCAGUGGUGGCGGUGCGAAGAGCGGCAAGGAGAACGCCGAUCGACUGGAUAUGCCGCCUCCGCCUUCGCCCGCCUCCUCUACUUGCAGUGAUACUGGGUCCACUUCGCACAAGAGAGCAAAGAGAGUGGCCGUGAAACAAGAGGACUCUGAAAAGAAAGACGAAGAAGAAUGGUGCUUGCGAGAUGUGAUUUUCGUUGAGGAUGUCAAGAGUCUGCCAGUUGGGCGAGUUCUGAAGGUGGACGGUGCUUACGCAGCAGUGAAGUUUCCAACUACAAACAAGGAAGUGAGCAAGGAUUGCAUGAAGGAUGCCUUAUCUGACGACAAUACCAUCAGUCUCCUACAAGACUGCCGGCUGCUCAGGAAAGAUGAUCUGCAGGUAUUGAAAACAAACACAACAUCCAGAGCUCCCGACUGCUUUCAAAGAACUCCCCGACGUGUCAACAUUGCUGAAUCAAUUGGACAAAUUCUCACUGUCACUGUUGAUGGACAAGGUAUCCACAGCAUCGUGAAGAACGCAAAGCUGAGCUACAUGCAGGUGAACGUGUGCUCGGGCCGCAUCGAGCAGGACUCUCCGUUCCCGUCGGACACGGCGGCCUUCCUGGGCCUGGAGCCGGCCGACAUCAGCCUGACGGGGACGGGCGACGACGAGAGUGUCCUCCUGCUGCGCGACGGCAACUCGACGCUGUGCCCGCUGGCCAAGGACUCGGUCGACUCGAUCCGCGACCCGCAGUGGCUCGACCUGCCGCCUGUCGCUUGCAUCGGGACCGGCACGCAUGCUCUGGCCGGCGUCAACAACGGCAGCCAACUCAAGAACCAGGUGGCGUUGGUUGUGCUCGUGCUUCGCAAGCAGCUGUUGAUGGCCGCUGUGUUGAGGUGUGACGUGGAGGCUGUCAGGGUGGUGUUGCGGCAGUUGCAGCAGGAGCCCAAAAAUUCGGAAAUGAUCCAAUCCAUUCUGGCUGAAAGAUGUGACGGCAAUCGAAAUGUGCUGCAUGCUUGUGUUUCCAUGUGUACGCCUACAUCCAACAAGGAGACUGAUAUUGAGAAAAGCAGCGUUGUUGGUGGAGGAGGAGGAGGAGGAGUUGGAGGAGGGACUCAGCAGGCUGCUCCCAAACUGGACUCGAUGAGUGCCAUGCUAGCAGCACAACAACAACAACAACAGCAACAACAACAACAACAGCGACCAAUCACAGUGCGCGAAAUGAUGAGACGUGCCACGGCCGCCGCUCGCCCCCCCGCCGUCGCAGGGGAACUAGAUAGAGAUGCCAGCGGUGGCGGGGGCGGUGGUGUCGGGGUAGCGGUGAGCGGAAGCGGUAGCGGUGUGGUGGUAGCAGAAGGAGAGCCAAUCCCCACUAUGGGCUGGCCACCGGACACCUUUGAGACGGGCGGCGGAGCAUCGGGCGACGAGGACAGUCUAAUGGGCGGAGGUGGCAAACAGCCGCAGGCGGCAGGAGGCGGCGGAUCGACAGCAGCGGCCGCCGGUGGAGGCGGUGGUGCCGUCACUGUGGCCGAUCCGGCGGAGCGACGCAACAACGCGCUCGCCGCUCUCAAGUUGAUCUGCGACUGUCCGCUGUUUGCGCCGCAUCUCAGGCAGCUCUUGAGUGCCAAGGACGCGCAAGGCCAAACGCCGUUUAUGCUGGCGAUCGCUUGUCGCGCGUACCACGCGGCGCACCACAUCAUGGACGCCAUUCAGCGCAUCGCCCUGCGUCCCCAGCCGGCGGGGGGUGUCCAUGGGCCAGGGGGGGUAAGUGCGAUGCCCCCCCAGCCAGAGGAGACAGGCUCCACCGAGGAGAAACUGAAGAACGUUCUGUCGGCCUGGUUUGGUGGACCCAAGGAAGAGCAGCCGCCCAGGAAGCAUCCUACAUGGCUGUUUCAGGGCCAGGAGUGUGGUUCAGAUCCAUCUGCUCAGGGUAAAAGUGGGGAAUCAUCAAGCACCGGUCAACAUCCGGGUGCCGAUAAGUCGAAGUACGACCAGGAAGUGUUGGAGGAGAUGAUAUUCCCCGAGGGCUCCAACCCGGACCACUCGCCACUGCAUGUCGUCUGCUGCAACGACACCUGCAGCUUCACCUGGACUGGAACUGAACACAUCAAUCAGGACAUAUUCGAGUGUCGCACGUGCGGCCUGACAGGGUCGCUGUGCUGCUGCACAGAGUGCGCACGCGUGUGCCACAAGGGCCACGACUGCAAGCUGAAGCGCACAUCGCCCACCGCCUACUGCGACUGCUGGGAAAAGUGCAAGUGCAAAGCCCUCAUACAGGGCAACCAGCAGGCGCGCUAUGACCUGCUGUGUCGACUAAUCUCAGACACUGAUCUCGUCUCCAAGCAUAACUCACGUGGCGAGAGUAUCCUGUUGUUCCUGGUGCAAACAGUCGGCAGACAGUCUGCGGAACAGAGACAGUACAGAGCACCCAGACGAUCCGCGUCGGCCUCUUCAAGAAAAACACCCUCUUCUGACAUCGAACCCGAUAUGCCAGACCAUGACCUUGAACCACCCAAGUUCAGUCGACGUGCUUUUGAAAGGCUAUUGAACGAUUGGUCAGCUGUUAAAGGAAUGAUUAUGUCUGGAACAAACCCUCAGGAGAGUGGGGCAAGAAGUAGUACUCAAGCGAGUGCUUUUGACGAUCAAGCCUAUUUGCAAAAUCAGAGUGGAACAACUUUGCUGGACAGAUUCACUCACUGCCUUCUCAUCAAGUGCAGCCCUGAAAUGUUGGAUACGCUGUUGACGACAAUGAUCCAGCAGCUGCAGAAUGAGAGCGUGCCCGGGCGUAUACAGGAGGCGACAAUAGUGGCGCGACGGUUUGUGCGCUCUGUGGCACGCAUCUUUGUCGUGUUUAGCGUUGAAAUGGCACCCACUACUAGUAAACGAAGAGGGUCGACAUCAGCCUCAUAUCCUUUGGUUCGGAGCAAGCGCGUGUUUCAGGCUCUGAUCAAGUUGUCGGUGGAGGAGCUGUGUGAGACGGCAGACAGCCUCAUCGCCCCAGUCAGGCUGGGAGUGGCUCGACCCACGGCCCCCUUCACGCUCUCCAGCACUACUGUUGAAGUUAUCAAUGGCUUUGAAGAGUUGUUUUCGGUUGAGCCUCUGGCGCCGCACGGACAGGGGCGUCAGUCACUGUCGCUGCUGGGUGGCGUGCGUGGGGGGGCCGGCGAUUCCUUGCUGCCUAGGGGGGCACUCGGACGGCAGCCCGUCUCGCAGAUGGACAUAGAGGAUGAAAUCGCUGAGAACCUAGUAUCCUUAGGCCAGGAAGGCGACGCCAGUGACGGUGAGGAAGUGGUGGGUGGAGCGGGUGGUCCGGGAGGAGCAGGGGGCGGAGGGGAAGUGGCGGAUGGAGGCGGCGGUGGUGGCGGUGUUGGAGUGGGGGGUGGCGGCGGCCAAGGUGAGGAAUCUGACAACGAGGAUCUGAUGGUGGAGUCGGAGUCAGACUCAGAUCAGUCCAACCAGGAUGCGCAGCGCAGUGUGCAGACGGGAGCCACGGCUGGUUCCGAUGCUGGUAUUAGUUCGUUACUUCUGUUUCCUGAGGAAGAUUCAGCCGAUUCUAGUCAACAGGAGGAAGAAGAGUCAGAAGGAGGAGAAAGUGACGAACUAGACACUGAGGAGUUGGUGCUAGGCGAUGAACAGCUAGAAAGAAGAAGUUCAAACAGCGGUGCAGGUCAGAGAAGCAACUUGGCACCUCAAAGCAUGCAGUGGGCGAUCCGAAGUCGCGAGAGUCAAUCACGAUCAGCAGGCGGCUUCCGUGUAGCAUCUGGUAACUCAUCUCUGGUGUUCAUCGACCCGUCGACACUGCGGCGGUCGACUGCGGCAGCAGCUGCUGCUGCGGCUGCGGCGGCAGCCAACGGCGGCGAGCCGGUGACAGUGGCGACCACCUCAGCCUGCCUGGCGCGCGCCUUUGGCAUUGUGUUGCGGCAGAUUGCCGAUCUGCUAGCUGUAUGUCACAACUACCCCGCACUGGCACCUGCCCUACCCGCUCUAGCAGUGAUGGAUGUGGGCCCUGGCGAUGUAGCCUGCCUACAGGCCUACCUGGACCGGCAGUUGAAGCCCACCUGGGAUUGGCUGCUGACAGUGAUGGAUUCGACCGAGGCCCAGCUGCGGUUUGGCGCAUCGCUCACGCACUCCACCGAUCCCACGCAUCCGGCACAUCCGCUGCAUCAGGCUUCCGGCCUAGCAGGUGCGGCAGGCAGCGUGCUCAGUUCAGCACUGCCGCUGUCGGUGUUGUCGAGUGGUGGUGGCGGAGCGGGGGUGGUGAGCGGAGGCGGCGGCGGCGGAGUGGUGCCAGGCAUCAGCCGCCUCUCAGGCGCGGGAGCUGGGGCGGCGACAGGUGGCGGCAGCAGCCAUCAUCGUGGCAGUGGAGGUGGCGGUGGAGGCGUCAGUUCGACGUCGGGAGGCGGCAGUAAUACGGGUGGGGGCGGUGGUGGAAGCGGAUCGCAGGGCGGUUCGAGGAAUGUCGGCUUUUUGACUAGUGGCCCCACCGCAGCCGAUUCCACCGUGCGUAGUGGCCGCGAGAGGGAAGCGGCAGAACCGAACUCAGCGCGUCGCGAGUUCCUGUCGUAUUGCCUGUCGCUGAUGCGCGCGCACAACCAGGAGCACGCAGACUCACUGCCCGUGCUGGACGUGUCGUCGCUGCGUCACAUCGCCUACGUGUUUGAUGCACUCAUCUACUACAUGCGACAGUCGGCCGCCUCCGCCGACCACCUCAUCGGUGUCGCCGCCUCCGACCUGCCGCCGCUCAUUGCCGCCUCCGACUUGGAUGCCGGCGCUGGCGACUCGUGGAAUCAACAGGACGAGAACGACAACGACGAAACAGACGAUGACCUGUUGGGGGGCUGCAGCCAGGGGGGUGGAGGCGGUGGUGCCGUUGGGGGGGCAGUGGAAGAGAGCCAGGACGGCGAGAGUGCCGCCUCCGUCGCAGCAGCAGCCGCCUCCGUAGCGGUAGACGUGACCGCCUCGGCAGCCGCCGCAGGAGUGGGCGUCAAGUGUAAUCGCCGCAACGCCUUCUUUCAGCGAUCCGACUCGACGCUCUGUCUUGGUUGUCCACCACCCGACCCGUUCGACACGCCGAUGGCUCGCGCUCUGCCAUUGGCUGAUCAACCACACCUGCUACAACCCAAUGCAAGGCGAGAGGAUCUAUUCGGAAUACCACGACAGCCCAUCACUCUAACAGCUACUGGUAACCAACAAUCGUCGUCAGGAGGUAGUACACUGAGCACAUUAGAAAUGCUGCCUACCAGGUUGGGCCUUUCACAGCGGGGCGUUUCUGAUUCGCAGACGGGAGCGGGAGCGGCAGCCUAUCUCAGGCCUACACUAGAUCUCAGCACCAGUCAUCCUCCCUCCUCCUCCGCCUCAGCCUCAGCCUCCUCCUCACACAUGAUGCAGCAGCACACAUCAAGGCAGAUGAUGGACGUUGCAAUGAACGAAGACACGCCACAAGACCUGUCAGUGUCGUGCAAAGACAACAUGAUGAUAAUCGACUCGGACACUGAGGACGACUCCAAGCAGAGCAUGGGAGGAGGCAGUAGUAGUGCGGACCCCAUCAGGGCCCCGAUCAUCAUUUCGGUGAGGGGCGUGCCCCCAACUGUCCCGCCUGCGCCCCAGGGUGAGACCGGCCCGCCGCCCGUGCUCAAGAGUGUCAUUGUGCGCGCCGGAUCGGUUGUGCCUAAUAACACGGAAUCAGUAGAGAACAUGGCGGCGUCGAGUGGAGGGGGAAGCAGUAGCAGACAAGUGCAGCAGGAUGCCUCUGACGAUUCAUCGCCGGGUGUGGCAGUGGGAGGGGGUGCGACAGGUGGCGCCCCUAGCGGAGAAACUGCCAACCAGAGAGUCACACCGUCGCAGACACUCAUCGGACAGUCAGUGUCUCACGAUUUGCUACUCGGACGAUGGCGACUAUCGUUGGACCUGUUUGGCCGAGUGUUUAUGGAGGAUGUGGGCCUUGAGCCAGGCUCGGUGGUCUCCGAACUGGGAGGCUUCCCUGUCAAAGAGGCUAAGUUUCGCAGAGACAUGGAGAAGCUGAGAAAUCAACAGAAUAAAGACUUGACUCUAUCCAAGGACGAGCCUGGCGAAGGCUCAGGUGUGGCGCGUUCAUUCUACACGGCGAUCGCCGAGGCACUGCUGGCCAAUGAGCGCAUGCCCAACCUCGAGUCGGCGCAGGUCGGUGCACGCUACACCCAGUACAGUGUGCUACAGCGCAUGCGCACCAGGGAACGCGACACACUAAGGCGGUACACGCAGCAAAGAAUAUCGGCGCGCUGCCGUGAACCCAGACGCUCGCUAUCAUUUGAGGCACGGCCAUUUGUGCCGCCCGGCAGCGGCAGUGGCGGAGCGGGGGGUGGGGGAGGAGGAGGCACUGGAGGGGGGGCCGUUGACCCGCCUAACAACGACCAUCUCUCAAUCAGUCAACAGCAGCUGGGUGAGCGGCUUUAUCCCAAGGUGAUGGCUCUACGGCCGUCGUUUGCGGGUAAGAUCACAGGCAUGCUGUUGGAGCUGACUCCCGCUCAGCUGCUAAUGCUGCUGGCCAGCGAAGAUGCACUCAGGCAGCGCGUGGACGAGGCACUCGAACUCAUUCUCUCGCACAGUCACAGUCAGGACUUUGAGGCCUUUCUAGACCUGGACAUGUUCAGCCUGUCCUCAUCGGGUGGAGGGGGAGGCGGAGGAAGCAGUAAGGCGGCGGCAGGAGGUAGUGGGAGUGGCAGCGGGGGAGGAGGGAGUUCAGGAGUGAAUGCGGGAGGGGGUGCGAGUGAGAUGGAGACAGGUGGCGAGGAGGCAGGUGAGGACAAUGCGCCGCUCUUCUACUGUCCGGGCAAACGCGGCUUCUACUCGCCCAGGCAGGGCAAGGCUUCGUUCGAACGACUCAAUGCCUUCAGGAAUACCGGACGACUGAUAGGGCUGUGCCUACUUCAGAACGAGUUGUGCCCGAUCUUCCUGAACCGUCACGUGAUGAAGGUGCUGCUGGGCAGGCACAUCCGCUUCCACGACCUGGCCUUCUUCGACCCGGUCAUGUACGAGUCGCUGCGCCAACUGGUGGCCGACGCCGAAACUAAGGAGAACGGCGGCAGUCUGUUCUCGGCACUCGAUCUCAACUUCAGUGUGGACCUGUCGGCCGAGGAGGGAGGUGGCAGCUGGGAGCUGGUGCCGGGCGGCAGGGACAUUGAGGUGACGGCGGCCAACGUCUACGACUAUGUCAAGCGAUACUCGGAGUACCGCAUGUAUCGCGCUCAGGAUAAGGCGCUUGAGGCGCUGCGAACAGGUGUAUUUGACGUACUGCCGGCCGGAUCUCUGGACGGACUGACGGCCGAGGACCUGCGUCUGCUGCUGAACGGAGUUGGCGACAUCAACGUGUCUGUGCUCAUCUCCUACACCACAUUCAACGACGAGUCGGGCGAGUCCAGUGAACGUCUCUUGAAGUUCAAGCGCUGGCUCUGGUCUAUUGUCGAACGCAUGUCGCAUAUCGAGAGAAUGGACUUGGUGUACUUCUGGACAGGCUCUCCAGCGCUGCCCGCCUCUGAGGACGGCUUCCAGCCGAUGCCCAGUGUGACAAUAAGGCCGGCUGAUGACGCGCAUCUGCCCACAGCCAACACGUGCAUCUCACGGCUCUACGUGCCGCUGUACUCAUCACGCGCUGUGCUCAGGCACAAGCUGCUACUAGCCAUCAAAACUAAGAACUUUGGCUUCGUCUGAAAUAAUACAGAUUUCCAAGAUGAUAAUAUUUGUGUGGAUGUGGAGUCGACUACUGUUGACAUUGUAUCACUAGAAUAUCUAUAAAAAUAUGACAGUACAUAGUGAUGUGGUUUACAAAAUCAAACGCUUUCAUGAACUAAAAACAUUCGAGAAUGUUUGCUAUGUAAUGGGCUAUUCGAUGAAUAUGGUAUGUUUGUGGUGAACUUUAAAAGUGAGAUCUAUUAAUUUCCAUUACUCAAUCAGUUAUUGCAAAAUUUAAAGUUUUUGUUGGAGUAAAUGGAGAAAUUUCAAAAUGGUUUUUAUGCAUUUGAAUUAAUUGAUUAUUGAUGGAGAUUAAGCAAUUUAUAAUUAAUUUGUAAAUUUGUUUUUCUUAUUUUAAUUUUCUGUUACGCUCUGAGUGCUUUUGUACAGUAACGUUUGUAAUAGAUAUUGAAUAUUGUUGUAAUCGUAGUAGGACUUUUUUGGUUAUUUUUGAAAUUUCGAGCUUCAUUCUAUUGAGUAUCAUAGGAUUCUAUUUUGUUCCCAUGUUGUCAUAAACGAAACUAUCCUUUGGAGGAAUUUUUACGCCAUAAAUUUCUGAUGAAACUACCACCAUCAACGUUCGAUUUAUAGUUUUUCUUUUUAUUGUGGUAUGAUCACUAAUCGAAAUUGUGUAUUGUAAAAUUGUGUAAAAAAUUUAGAUGGAAAGUAUCGACUUCUAUUAGGGAGUUUUAUUUUUACUUUUGGAAACAAUCGGAAAUUUAUAUCAUUACAUAUAAAAGACUAGGCUUUGUUGAGUAUGUUAUGAAUCGGAAUUAGUGUAGACAUUUCAAUUGAUAAAUAUCGUUUUCUUAUAUCGUGGAAGAUAAUGUGAGUGUAGCUGCUAUAUCAAAGCAUUAUAUUUCAUGAGAAUGGAA